AUGGAGCAAGAGACGCUGAUGGCUGUUGCGAUACAACCUCGAAGACUGCGUUGGUUUGGCAGUCUGGGUGAUGCAGUGCAGAUUUUAGCGAACGACUUUCUUGGAACCGUCCAACUUCUCAGGAAGGUGCCGGAGCCUUAUCAGGAGGGGCUGGCUUGGUUGGCUUGCGCGGGGUCGGUAAAGGCCGUCGGGACUACUGCGGCAGCCACGCCUCACCUGGCCCUGAGCAUGGCAACUCUUAGUUUCGAUCCGGUGGCCUGGGGAGCUUUGGGCAUCAUGCUGGCCAGCUCGUCCAUCAUUGCCCAAAGGGCACAGAAGUAUGAGCAGGAAGAACGCGAGGUGGCGAGCUCUGCUUCGAAGGUGCUUCUGACCUCAGGUGUUGCGCAGCUCUGUGUUUGUGCAGUGGAGGCCGGCUAUCAGAUGCAGCCGCUUGCGCUGUCGCUGCCUAUCUCCUCCCCGUUCUUAGCGGCACGAUUCCUGCAAGAUCUUGUCAUCCUCCCUAUGUGGCUUCGUGGUAUUGGCGCAGCCACCAUACAGCCCGCCGUGGCAGAGAGAGCAGCCAAGUUCUCGGCGGUUGGCGUGAUUUGCCAGACCGGGGCUGCCAUUUGGGCUGACAACUUCUUGGUCGUCGGCGCUUUGCUGGCUCCGGCGACGCUCUGCAUCUCUGCUGCUUCCUUCGAGGUACUGCAACGCUUCCAGGCAUCGCCACCCAAGCGGCCAGAAGAGCUACAGCUCAGUGGUAUCCUGCUGUCCUUGUAUAUGCUUUUCAGCGGAUUCCUGGAGAUGCUGGCCGAGUACGCAGUUCUUGAUGUCAUGGCCAAGGUUACCAGCUGCUUCUUGCUGACAAAGAGCCUCGGUGCGCCUGCAAACCGACGGGGCUCUGCAACUGCCCUGCACCCCGAAGACGGGAACAGUUUGGGUGCCCUCCGCAACGCCUUAGAGGAAGCUGAUCGGGCGUUGGCGGGCGACAGCCCCGGCUAG